CGACGGGAGGAGGGGUUUGGACAGAAGUUUGUGUAAGAAGAGAAACUGCGGUACUUUUUCAUGUAGCUCUUUAACAAGUUGAAACGCCGAAUCGGAUCAAGGAGGAGCUGCUUUGUCCAAACAGACAAUUAUGGAAAUCCCUGCCAUAAAUCUAAAGGCCAUCGUACUGGUGCACUGGCUGCUUACAGUCUGGGGGAGUAUGGUGUGGCUGUCAGUGGCCUUCACAUGGGCGAACUUUAGCGUUUUAGCAGUUGGAGUGUGGGCGAUUGCACAGAGGGACUCAAUAGAUGCAGUGAUCAUGUUUCUGAUAGGGAUGAUUUUGACAAUAUUGACCGACAUCGUCCAUCUCGGGAUAUUCUACUCACUCGGUGACUCGAGCGACUUGUUUCGCUUCGGCGCAGGGAUGACCAUCCUCAACCUGCUGCUCAAACCCAUUUCCUGCUUCUUUGUCUACCAAAUGUACCGCGAGCGAGGAGGAGAUUACAACAUCAACUUUGACUUUGAGACCUCUGUGGACAGUCGAUGCACUACGGACAGUGCUGACAGUGCCUUUAUUGGGCGCCGCUAUUGAUUCCUGGCCUCUUCCCUUUUUACAGUUUCUCUCCUCCAAUCAUCCUCUUCCAACUCCUUCUAUGCAGGAAGUAAGAUUCCAUAUCAGGCUGCAGGAUGAUAAAGAGAAAUAGAUUUUUUUUCCCCUUUUGUAUUUAUUUCUAAACAAUCAUCUUGUCAGUGUUCUGUUGUCCAUUUCUUUGUGUUUUUUUUUAAUCUGUCUUUUAAUUUGACUGUUCCCACCUUCAGUAAGCCCAUACCUGCCUGCAUUGCUAUGUUUGUUUGUAGAGAUUGCUCUUAUGCAAACACUGUUUAUUGUGUUUUAGGAGUUUAUAUGUUUCUGAAAGUUUGCAUCAGCUAUAUGUUUUAUUCAGGUUUUUAGUCUCCAGAUGCCUCAUUUGUGCUCUUGCAUUGUAUUUGCAUGUAUUUAAAGCAGAGCUGCAUGAUGCUGCACAUUCUAAAAUGAGCCUAAUUAAAAUCAACAAGAUGCGAUGUGAUACUAGACAGUGAGUAUGGCCUGGUUUUAUGCACACGCUUUGUUGAGCUUUAUGUGAUGCCAUCCUUUGGUCAAUCUUUGGGCUCUUGCCAAUAUUCCCACACAUCUGCAGUGAAACCAGAUUUCUUGUUUUACUGGCAUUAAAGGUGCAUGUUUGUCACCGCAGUUGGACUCUGGACUGUGCAGAGGUGCUGUCUUUGAAACGCCAAAAGGGGAUAGUUGAUAUUCUGGCCAUGUCAGAGUCAGGACUGUUUGUUGUAGAUGCUUCAUGUGAAGUCCCUUUAUAGAAUUCUUCAUAAACGUUCCCACCUAUAAUAUAGCAAGGAAGCUAUAUCCUUUGGUAAAUUUAUUUAUUUUUUCAAAUAAUCUUGAUUAUUUGACUACUGACAGAAGGACAAGAGAUUUUUCAUGUUCAGUCUCACAUCAGUGAAGUUCCCGUGCCCAGACUCUUACUCAAAAUGUCUAAUCAAACAGUCGUGGGGAAAUGGGAGGAAUUUCUUCUUCCAUCAAAGAAGGAUUUUGAAUAAAAGUGGCUGUUUUCUCAGUCUACCAUUCAUCAGAGGGAGUGUGUAUUUUUAAUGUAUGCUGGUAAUAACAGAUUCAAGCACUGUCAUUUAUAUUUCUACAGACAUGGCUAGGCACUUGACUCAAGAUGGCAAAUCUGCAUAACCGUUUCAUGAAUCUGUGUGUAAGGAGAAAGGGAAAACAAUAAAGAAAAAUAUUUGAGCUUUCUGUGUGCCAGUACUUUAAAUAUGUAUAUCAACAACAGUCCAGUCUCCAAGGUCCAUGAUUAGAUGUGGUUAAAAAUGAUAACUGGU